AUGAAGAAGGUCAUUCAUGUGGACAAGGCGCUAAAGAAGGCGCUGGAAGGGGGAUUCUCCUUCAUCAUCUACAAGAGCUUCGUCACUAUCUACGUCGCAACUCGAUACACGGACGCUAGAGGCAAUACUCCCUUCUACAUCAGCAGCGAUAUACCAAUGUUUUUUUGGUCGGUAUGGAGCACCAGAAAAGGUGCACCAUUUCAUCAACGAUUCCGUCAACUAAUGGCUCGCCUAAAUGCUGCAGGAAUUAUUACUUACUGGACUGAAGACGUAAUAGCCAGUAAGGUGAGGGAGGAGAGGAAGGCUGUAAAAGAUGAAAAUUGGAUUAAUCUCGGAGAUGCAUUAAAGGAUGAAGGGCAGCAGAUGGUGCUGAGCCUCAACCAUCUGCAGGGAGCCUUCUACAUGCUGCUGUUAGGCUCCAGCGUCGCCUUCCUCACCCUGCUGGGGGAGAACCUCGCCCACUGCUGCUCCUCGCCUCAGUAACACCUUCCUCACACUGCUGGGGAAGAAACUCGCACACUGCUUCUCCUCGCCUCAGUAACACCUUCCUCACCCUGCUGGGGGAGAAACUCGCACACUGCUGCUCCUCGCCUCAGUAACACCUUCCUCACCCUGCUGGGGGAGAACGUCGCCCAGGCAAACACACUAUUUGGAUCAUCCGUUAUCGAAGUCAGGAGUGCAAGAAAUGAUGUUGUCAAGGAAACUACAAUUCCAAGAGGAUAUUACACACUAAAAAGACAACAACUGAUAUAAUUUAAAAUUAUAUAACGUUCCUUACAUAUGA